AUGUUGCUUCGAGUACGAUCCCCCGAUGGCAUGAAGCGUAUAUCGCUCGAGGCUUCUGAUACGAUCAUAAAUCUCUUACAGUUGGUUGAAGCUGAGUGUAGUGUGGAAGCGGGCAUGUACAGCUUAUAUGCAGAGAUAGCUAAGAAGCAGACAGACAUUACGGACUUGGAGGCGACUGUGAGGGUAGCUGAAUAUUUGAAGCAUGGAGAUAUGCUUACUUUGAAGGUCUUGGAUACGCAGAGUGAUAUGGUUAUUGAUGAGCCCUUCG